AUGGAAGAACCCUUCUGGUAUAGUUUAGCUCUUAUCAUCUUCAACUUGCUUCUCAAGCUCUCCAUAGCUAAAAUUACCCAAAAACACAACAACUUUCCACCGAGCCCACCAUCUCUUCCCAUCAUUGGCUAUCUCCAUCUUCUAAAACAACCAAUCCACCGAACUCUCCAAGCUCUUUCAGGAAAAUUUGGUAAACUUCUGCUACUCCGCUGGGGUUCACGCGGAGUCCUCUUGGUUUCUUCACCUUCGCUAGCAGAAGAGCUUUUCACAAAGCACGACAUCAUCUUCGCCAACCGCCCACGCUUGCUUAUCGGAAAACACUUAGCCUACGACUUCACAACUGUCAGUUUAGCUCCCUAUGGAGACCUCUGGCGCAACCUCCGCCGCAUAAUGACCCUUGAGCUCUUCUCCGCUUCUCGCCUUGCCCAGUUUUCGAGUAUCAGACAAGGAGAAGUUCGUUUGCUACUGAAUGAGAUAAUGAAGAAAAGUUGUACUGAGAGAAAGACAAAGAUCGAGCUCGAGUCAAAAUUUACGGAGCUUUCAUUUAACGUGAUGACGAUGAUGGUUGUGGGAAAGAGGUUCUACGGUGAAAAUGUUUUGGAUGUUGAAGAGGCUAAGAAUAUACAGAAGGUUAUUAGGGACGGAAUGGACAUAUCUGGGGCAGCAAAUUUGGGUGACUUUUUCCCAUUCUUACAGUGGAUUGAUAUAUCGGGGAUUGAGAAGAAGAUGUGUGGAUCAAAUGGAAAAGAGGUCAAGAAGUUGAUGAUUGAUAACUUAUUGGCGUUGCAAGAAACAGAGCCCCAAUUCUACACUGAAGAAAUAAUCAAGGGAAUCAUUCUGGUGAUGCUGGUAGCUGGGACUAACACUUCAUCAACAACACUAGAUUGGGCAAUGGCGCUGUUGAUAAACCAUCCAGAGACAAUGGAGAAUGUAAAAGCUGAGAUAGAAGCCAAGAUUGGACAAGAGCGUCUGUUGGAAGAGCAAGACUUGCCAAAGCUCACUUACUUACAGAAUGCGAUCAAUGAGACACUUCGCUUGUACCCACCAAGUCCACUUCUAUUCCCUCAUGAAGCCUAUGAGGAUUGUGUUGUAGGGGGAUUUGAUGUGCCACGUCAUACAAUGUUAUUCAUUAAUGCGUGGGGCAUCCAUAGGGACCCUAAUACGGGCCCAGUACGAUACAAAUGGUUUCCAUUAGGCAAAUGUAUGUUCAUAGCUACAUCAUCUCAUAUUGACAAAAAGAGAGUCAAACGAAUGGAAGAACCCUUUUGGUACGGUUUAGCUCUCAUCAUCUUCACCUUGCUUCUCAAGCUAUCCACAACUAGACAAAAACACAAGAAGAACUUGCCCCCAAGCCCACCAUCUCUUCCCAUGAUCGGCCAUCUCCAUCUUGUAAAACAACCAAUCCGCCGAACCCUCCAAGCUCUUGCUCAAAAAUUCUGCAAAGUUCUCCGACUCCGCUGGGGUUCACGUAGAGUCCUCUUGGUUUCUUCGCCUUCGGUAGCGGAAGAGCUUUUCACAAAGCACGACAUCAUCUUCGCCAGCCGGCCACGCUUGCUUGUUGGAAAACACUUUGCCUAUGACUUCACAACAGUCACUUUGGCUCCUUAUGGAGACCUCUGGCGCAACCUCCGCCGCGUUAUGACUCUUGAGGUCUUCUCCUCUGCUCGCCUUGCGCAAUUUUCGAGUAUCAGGCAAGGAGAAGUCCGCUUGUUACUAAAUCAGACAAUGAAGAGUUGUGCUAAGAGCAUGACAAAGGUCGAGCUCAAGUCAAAGUUUACGGAGCUUUCGUUUAAUGUGAUGACAAUGAUGGCUGUGGGGAAGAGCAGUGGCGGUUCCAGCCAUGGGUUGGCUGGGCUCAUGCCCGACCCAAAAUUUUGA